AUGCAGAACCCUUGUCAGCAUCACAGUUUUGCUAAUUCCUCACAGCCUUUCCCCCGACCAGUUCUGUCUGAUUUGGUUUCUAGCUCUGCCUUAUGUGCAGUAUCCUCUGUUUCUAAAUCUACUAAAAAUAGUACAACUACGUCUUCGGCUACCUCACUCUUAACAUCCUCAUCUAUGCCAAUGUCUCUGCAUGCUUACACUCAAUUACUUCCAUCUGCUGAUUCUUCGGCUGUGAAGGUUUUAUGGGCUCAUCAGCGACUCUAUUCUUUUUCCAAUGGAAAUCAACUAUCUUCUUCAUCUUCGCCUUUCUUGCAAUCUCUUUCCACUACAUCAUGCUCCAUCGCUACCCCUUCUGCAUUACCACAAAUACGCACCAACUCAUCUUCAACUUUCCAGACUGAAGUGUCUAGCGCACUUCCACCGGCAGCGCCAUCCGUCACUCCCCCUGUAGCAACCACGUCAACUCCCUCAGGACUUGAUCCAUCGCAUGCCAGGAAGUCUACUCAAGGCGGGCCGUCCACUCCGCGAGUAACCAAACACCAACAUAUUGUGGCUCCUCAAUUCCCUUCGUCCAGGCCAAAUGUCGCUGCAUCUGCUCUGCUUAGUCAAGUUGUGGGGCCUCAGAUCCUCCCCUUGGCUCUAAUUCUUUCGUAG